GGGCACGCCUGUUCUUUACUUACCUGUCUCAUAAAAGAAGGUGUGUUUUAGACAAUGUACCUUUAGGGCAGUGAAGGAGAAGCAGCAUGAGAAAAAAUGCAAUGAGAAACCUGAGGUCUACCUGCAAAAACUUGUUCACCCUCUUGCUUGUUUUCAUUUGCCCAUUGCGAUUCAUCACAACUAGGAAGCGUGAUUCUGAGAUACAGGCAUUGGAAAUGCCUCAGCCAGAUGAGGGUCUACAUGUCCUGUUAGCAAGUGAGUACAAGGAUCACCGUAGAACCGGAGGCAUGAUCGUACAGUAGCACUGGCUUCAGGGGACACUGGGACUCACACACACGCGGAGGAAGAUGGGUGUGGCAAAGCAGAAAGGGACUCGUCGGCGAGUUUGGAUCCAGUACGUCAUUUGGUGUCUUGGAUUUCUUUUGGUGCUCGGGACUAUUUGCAUCUACCACAUCUUCAGUACACAUCUCCUCAGACAGAGAAUAGCUCCGCAUGUUGAUCUAGAAUCGUUCUAUGUGCCUUACCCAAACAAAUACCGCUUCAUCCUGGACCAGCCAGAUGCGUGCGUUCGGCACAACCCGUACAUCGUGAUCAUCGUCCCGGUGGCGCCUCACGACAUGAAUGCGCGCAAUGCCAUAAGAAGCACUUGGGGGAACGACAGCUUGGUCAAGGACGGUGACGUUUUGGUUCUGUUCCUGCUGGGUUUGCCGAACGGAAGUGACUUCAUAAUGCAACAGAUCCGCAUACACCAGGAGAACCGGCGGCACAGAGACCUUCUUCAGAGCAACUUCGUAGACUCCUACAGGAACCUGACUAUUAAGACCAUGGUGAUGAUGGAAUGGCUGAGGGAUCGUUGUCCUCAGGCGUAUUACGCAGCAAAAGUGGACGCAGACAUGCUGAUAAACGUUGUUGCUUUGACAAAGAUGCUUCUUGGCCCCAAAAGCUACCAAAGCAACUACAUUACGGGACUGGUGUGGUAUGAUAACGUAGUCAUCAGGGAUCAGUCCAGCAAAUUUUACAUCCCAUACGAGGUGUAUUCCAAACCGGUGUAUCCGCCCUACCCUUUGGGAAUGUGCUACAUCAUUUCAAUGGACCUCCCAGAUAAGAUCCUGGACGUGUCGAAAGAAAUCAAACCUAUUUUCAUCGAGGACGCGUACAUCGGCUUGUGCCUUGAGCAACUUCAAAUCACUCCUACAAACCCUCCGAACUUGGAGCAGUUUGUGGUCAAGCCACCUCAGGAGUAUGACCGCUGCUACUACUUGAACCUCAUUGCCGUGAUAACGGACAGUCCUGCUCAGCUGGUCUCCUACUGGACAGAUCUUCACAGACCAGGUCCAGCCUGCGGCAAAGAGAAUCUCACCUGAUCAUUUUGGGUUAGGAAAUUAUUUCUGGAACAAAACUAAAGUGACUGUUGGUGAAUAAAUAGCUAGCUAAACAUUUUUAUCCCACAAUUUAGUUUUUUUGCAAUUUAAAAAACAGAAUCGAUCCUGUUUUCACAUUUAGACUGCACUUUUACGCUUCCCUAUUUUAAAAAAACAGUUUACGAUCCAAAUUAAUAACUCCGAUUACUAGGAUAAAAAUACAACCAAGUGAAAUGACCUCUAAUAAGUAGGGUGCAUGUAAUAUAAAAAGUAUAGGAUAAAACACUUGCUUGCUGUUUCACAAAAAUCGGCCAGGGGGUGAAGCAAUGCAGCCUUAUACAACGUUAACAAUAAUUACAGGGAGGUUGAGUGUUUUCCUCUUAUACAACACUCCCAUGUCAACCAAUCAGAUUAAAGAACUCAACAGAAACCAUUAUUUAAAUAAUAUAAUAUAAAAUUCCGUUAUAAAUAAUUACUCCGUUCCUUCACAAGCUAUCGAACCUCUGCGGGUGCAAGUGAUGCCCAUGUAGGGCUCAAUUCAGCAGGGAUUCAUGUGAGGAUUAUCUUUGGAGAUUAUAAAUAUUUCCAGUAUGUGUCUGUAUUAGUUUUUUUUUUUUUUUUAAAAGAAGCUUCCCUCAAGGUUCACAUUCAAUGCAAAAAAAAUGUGAUGUUAAAAAAAAAACAAAAAAAAAAAACAGUGCAGAUGGAAAUCCUAGAAACUGGAAUUUCUACAUUGUUUUCACACUCAAGGCCAAGCAUGAACCUUAACAACCCUAUUUAGAGUUGGUGCUCACACAAAUUUCCAUAAGCAAAUAAUACAAGGUUUGCACAAGACAAGCAGCAUAUCAGGAAGUCCUCCUGGAAAAACAUUAGAUAAUAUUAAAUAAUAAUUAAAUUAAAUAGUUUUUAUUCACCUUACAAACAUCCCUGUUCAUUUUUGCAUUAAUGCUCUGGGAAAGUCUGGAGGAAAAAAACAAAAAACAAAAAAAAAAAAAACACAAACCACACACACUGCUUCAGUUAUUUUGGAAUAAUCUCAUUAACCUCGUUUCCAAGCUGCCUCCCGAACACAUAGUAUUCCUCGUUUGGUGUUAAAGGUCCUUUUGUAGAUAAUACACCGAUAAUACAACAAAGGCAAGCUUUUGCUAAUAACCACUACUGUAACCACACCAAACACAUUUUAGCUGCCUUUAGAUUAUUCAACCUGAUAUGAAAUUUAAGAACACUACUCUGAUAACUGUAACAUACUGUACUUCUGCCAUGUUACUGUUAUUGUCAUUGUUAUCCAUGUCUUACUGUUCUUAAAUAGAAGGAAGUUUUAUUAGG